AUGAGUCCAGCAACAGAUGGAUCGCUUUACGAGGUUCUGGGAGUGUCAAAUGAAGCUUCUAAAAGUGAAAUAAAGAAGGCGUAUCGUGCAAAAGCGCUGCAAUUGCACCCUGAUAAAAAUGGGCACUCGGAAGCUGCGAAACUUGGCUUUCAGAAAGUGUCAGAAGCUUAUAGAGUUCUACAGGAUGACAACAAGCGUGCGAUGUACGAUCGCUUUGGAACAAGCGACGAAUCGCAAUGGCCCGCAAUGCAAGCAGCCGAGAGCCCCAGGGGUUCUACCGGGAUGUCUGCAGGUGACCUUUUCGCCCAGUUUUUCGGCGGUGGAACUACUACUGCAGCCAGCAGCUUCUUCAACAGCAACAUGGACUUUUUCGGACGCCACUCUCGUGCUCCUCGUUCCAAGAGUCUUUCCCAUGGUCCUGAUAUAAAGCACUCGCUAAAGUGCACCUUGGAAGAGCUUUAUCAGGGCAAAAACACCAAGCUUGCGCUAAACAGGACGAGACUGUGUCGCAGCUGCGAGGGCAAAGGUGCUUUGAAAAUGACAACUUGUAAAAUGUGCAAUGGCUGCGGAAUGCAAACUCAAACCAGACGUCAGGGGCCCGUCACACAGUCGUGGUCCUCUACAUGCAGUGGAUGCGGAGGUCAAGGCACACUUUGCAAACCAGAAGAUACGUGCACUGCCUGUCAGGGCCAAGGUUACAUCGGCGAACGCAAGAUAUUUGACAUAACGAUCGAAAAGGGGAUGGAGAGCGGACAAGAGCUGAUAUUACCAGGCGAAGCAGAUGAAGUUAUCAACACUAAUUAUGGCAGCGAAAGAGUCAUUCCUGGUGAUGUGAUAAUCGUAGUGGAGCAAAGUUUUCAUUCGAGAUACAAGCGUCACAGAGACUCGAGCCUAAUACUAGAGAAAUUCCCAGUGGGGCUGAAAACAAGUUUAUGCGGAGGUCCCGUAUGGAUAGACUCACAUCCAAGCGGCAAAAAGAUCAAAAUAAACGUCAUUCCCGGCGAGGUUUUAAAACCUGGGGCAUUGAAGUCUGUAGAGAAUUUGGGAAUGCCCAACAAAAGAGGUGGGUUUGGCAAUCUGUACAUCGAGUUUGAGGUCAUAUUUCCCAAAACAAUGGACGCAAAGACUUUAAAGGCGAUAGAGCCUAUAUUAGAUCGGGAUGAAAAUGUACAGGAGGUUGAAAAACAGUGUCAGAAGCCACCAAGUGAUACUGGCUCGGUGGAGGAACAUGUAUUGAGUGACUUUGUCCCCAAUUUAGACAAGCGUCGCAGUGGAGAGGAGGAUGGAAAUUCUCGAAAGCGAAACAGACGAAGCAGAAGCAGGUCUUAUGACGACGAUGAGUUCGCAGGUUAUUAG